UCGCUCCUUCCCAUCACGGUGUUAACGGCAGCAGCUUCACCCUCCGCAAACCACCACCCCCUCUACUCCUCCUCCUUCCCUCUACGUGUGUGUGAGAGAGAGAGAGUGUGUGAGUGCGCGUGUGUGCGUGCGUGUGUGUGUGCAGAAAGACGAAGCGUCAAGCAGGAGGAAGCACCAAGGACGUCCUUUUCUUCCCCCCCUCAGCCCCGGGAGCCGGAGAUGCAAGGGACGAGCAGUUAGAUUAGCCCGUGCUGCUGUUGCCUGCUGCAGGAGAACUUGGAUCCGGAGGCUGCUGCGGCUGAAGCUCUGCUCUGUGAGUGUGUGAGGAGGAUCCCGCCGGUAGCCGGACGGAGAUCUGGCAAGGAAGGACUUCUACUUUUCCGCAACUAUUGAAUGUAACAUCGAUCAGACAAGGAAGGCAGGGAAUUAAAAGCCAUCAUCAUGAAUUUCGUUAUGAAACAAGCGUUGGGAGGGGCCACCAAAGACAUGGGGAAGAUGCUCGGUGGCGAGGAGGAGAAGGACCCUGAUGCUCAGAAAAAGGAGGAAGAACGGCAAGAAGCGCUGAGGCAACAGGAAGAGGAGAGGAAGGCCAAAUAUGCAAAAAUGGAGGCAGAGAGAGAAAACAUCCGACAGGGCAUCAGGGACAAGUAUGGCAUCAAGAAGAAGGAGGAGAAGGAAGCCGAGGCAGCAGCUGCUAUGGAGCAGGCCUCCGAGGGCAGCCUCACCCGCCCGAAAAAAGCCGUUCCCACCGGCUGCGGCGACGAGGAGGAGGAGGAGAGCAUCGUGGAUACGGUCAUGAAGUUCAUCCCGGCGCCGCUCAUGGAUAUGUUCAAUAAAAAGUAACGGUGUUUUGGGUGAAACGUGAUUAACUCCUUCAUCUUAUCAAUGCUGCCCCACCCCAACCUGCAGUCACACCUCUCUUCACCUCCCUCCCACCCCUUCAAUCCAACUUCUAAGUGUCCUGGAGUUGUCCAAACGUGCCAUGACUUUGUCCUUGAGUUAAGCUGUCUGAUCUCGCACAGUGAUUCGUGCUUUUUAACAUCUCAAACAGAGAUAAAGAGUACGCAACACUUUCUCAGAUCUAAUGUCUUUACUUCAAGGCAAACUGAUGCCAUGUUUUCAAAACUGUCCAGGACUUAGAAUCAGACCAGAUAUCACCCAUCAUCCACCUUUUUGUUUGUAAAUAGCCUCGGUUAUAUAAAAAAGAGUAAUAUAUAUGAGUGAAAUAUGACAUAUAACAAGAUGACUAAGAGUAUAAGCCAUAUUUUUAACCUUUAAGAAAUUAUCCAAAUCAUAUCAAAAUUUGAUUAAAUUUUCCUGUUGUGUUCUUGCUAAUAUUUGAUACAUACAGUGUAUAUAAAUACUUGCAUUUUUAUUGGUUCUCCGUUGUGAGGAUUCACCCCGUAAACUGUCCCUCAUGUUCUCACUGGUUUACUGUGAAUGUGUAAUGUGAGCACUGGUGAGGUCAAAGCAACAUCUGUAAGCCAGAAAGUGAAGGAAUUCUUUUGAAAUGAGACUUUUUUUUUUUUUGAAAUUAUGUUUCGUUUGCUCUUUUUUUUAAAGCAUGCAGUAAACUGUUGUGAAGUGAAGUACAUAUAUUACCAUUUCAUUUGAUAUGAUCGAGCAAAAUGCAUUGAUAUUUGAGGCAAUAACUGGUUUUCCAUUUUGAUUUUGAGCGAUAAUUGACUUUGUGUCCAAAAUGUUCUUCCUUGGAGAAAACUGUAAAUGCUCUCCAUACAUGAAGUUUGUCUUGAAGCAGAUAAAAUUCUAAAAAUUAUCUAAAUUCACUGGCUAUACAUGUUUGUGGUUUAAAAGUUCAGUUUUAUGUCCUGCUGCAGGUUAUCCGCUCUUGUAAUAGGACGUUAAAAGUUCAACCAGGCUAGUAGUUUUUGUAUUGUGUUGACAUUUUCAUGAUUUUUUUUUUUUAAAAAAAGACACUUCACAAAACACAACUAUGUUGUGAACACACUAUAUGUGAACAGACAGUGACAAUAGUGCAAUAUAUUGUUCGAAAUGAAGUUGUCCUGUGUCCGUUGGUUUUACUGAUGGGAGUGAAGUCCCAAAUCAGCAAUAACAGACAAUCUUCAUUGUUGUGUGUUUAAAGUUACUCCUUAAUGUGUUAGUCGGUGUUAAAGACAGGAACGUGUCUACAUGCUGUUGUAUCAGUGAAGCCUUUGUAGGUCAGACAUAUUUAAUUAAAACCGAGAAAGGAGGGAAGGCGGGACGAUUUGUUUAAUGUCGGAGAAAAAUGUUCAGUUACACGAUACGGAACGAUGAGCACAACCGGGAUUUUGUGUUCAAAAGCAAAGGACUAAGAAAUCAUGCAGAAAAGAAAUGAAACAAUGAGCAACUGGGCCCUGCAUGAGAGCUCCACGACAAACUUUCACCUGCUCUGUAGGUCUGUCCUGCAGGUAGAUGACCAUAAAUGGCACAAAUAUUCAAACGAGGAUAAAAUCAGAUUCUUCUCCAUUUGCCUUGUUUUAUUAUUUCUCCUUCAUUCCACAGUGUCUUGUUGAACAUUCCAGAUAUUUCAGACAUUCCACCAGACUUGUGCUGGUUACACACAGACUUAGAUUUACAGUAGGCCUCAGUAAAUGCCUUGUUAGCCUUCGCCUCACAAUGAAUACCUUCGAUUUGAUGCUCUUGAGAGUGAGUCUAAUCUACAGCAAGAUUAAUGACACAACUUAUAUACUUUAGCUGCCAUGUACAGAAAAAAAAAUCCCACAUGAAGUCUAGGGGAACUCAUAAAUGUGCUAUUAGAAGUGAUCAGUUAAAUCUUGUGAUAUAUUUUGCUGGGAAAUGUUUUGUGAUCCACUUUCGCACCUUCGCUGUAGGUGUGAAUCCAGUUCUUUUGCCACAUUGUCUGUUUUAAUUCAGCUCGGUAAUCAAGACUAAUGUAUUCCUGUGGCGUAGACGAGGGCAACUUAGCCGUUCUCUGUGCUUUGUGAGCUCUGUAAUCAUGCUGAAUGUGUAUUAAAAACAUCUAAAGGCACAGUGUGGUACGGUCACAUGUAGAGCACAUUUAUUGAAAUUCCUGUGAUUUUAACGUAACUCGUAAACUGCCUUCGCCAGCCUCAGUGUGUUAGCAGACAGCAGCCGAGCGGUUUGCCGUCACAGAACCACGUUUCAUGUAGGUAAACCCAUAAUGAGAGCAGUCAUCCAAUCAAACCAAAGAAUGGUGGUCGUAGACAAGAGGUUUCAUUCCUAUUUAGUUCCUGCAUAUCUUGUUAAUUUUGAAAUUCUCAGGUACUCUAGCUUUCAGUUGUUAGGUUAACCAUAACUAGCCUUCUCUUAGCUACUCCGUAACAACACUUUGAUUUCUAGCGGCCUACAGCAACUUUCAUUGAUGAAUAUCUCUUGUUUGGCCCGAUAUUAUCCUAGAAAGCUACAAUUACUGCCCCUGUGAAGGACUCUCAGCAACAUUGUUCAGACGAUCCGUGAGUCUUUUCCAAACUGGUGUGUUCUGAAAUCGGAUCACGCCGUCACAUCUCAUCCAUGAACACCCUCAUAAACUCAUUCAUCACGAAUUGAUUGCAAAUGGCUUUUAGACCACUGCCCAAACAAACUGCCCAAGUCAUGCGUAAUCAAUAUUUUGUCGUUCAGUAGACGAUGUGUCAGAAACCCGCCGCAGUUUGAAGUCACUCAUUUGUGCCGCUCCUGCGUACUGCCAUUAAUAGGAUUAAAAAACUGCCUGAAAAAAAAAAUCUAAACGUGGCACUUGACAAAUACUCCUUUGAUGUGACUUAAUGUAACUGUCUGACGUUUCUCUCCUCUUGCAUCUGUCUUUAUCUGUUCUGUACAUGUUGACAAGAUGUUUACUCUGGUGCAGUAUUUUUGAUUUUUUUUUUUCUUCUUUCUCGUCUGUAGCCGGUCCUGUUUCUGUCCUCUGGUGGUUGGUAUUUUUAGAAAAAAAACAACAACAAAAAAAAUGUUUAUUUGGGUGCAUUCUUUUGUACUGCAAAAAUCUUCUCCCCCCUUCUCUCUCUCUUUCUCUCUCUCCCUAUUUGUUGACAAAAAAUGUAUGCAUGCUUAUGGUGUGCGAUGUAGGCAAGGUUGUUGAUAUAAUCGUUUUGUGUCCUCUCUGUGUUUCAAAGCGCCACCUGUUAGCCUCACUGCAUGCCAUUUUAGACGAAUACUUCAGUCUGUAACUUUCCUGCAAAAAUGGAAUCACCGCACACUGAGAAUAAAGUGAUUUCAUAUAA